GUUUUUGUUUUUGUUUUGCAGCUCAGUUUUCCUUUGGAGAACUGUCGGUCCAUGUUUUGAGUAGAACAGAUUGGACUCCUCCUGCCAAUUUCUACAUCAGUCAGGACUCUUUCAGCUGUAAUUAACAAACAUCCAAGUCAGACUGGCUUAAGCAAAACAAAACAUACAACAGAAAUAAAACACAUUAAACAAAAUCCACCCUGGAUAUAUUAACUUAAUGGAACAGGCCAGGGCGGGGGUUGCUGGACUCAGGUUCUGUUAUCUGGGUUCUGUUUCUCCCCACUUUACAGAAGGGACCAACUGAGGCUCAUGGAGACAGGGAUUUGGCCAACUACACAGAGCCAGUAAACGAGAUUGGCAGUACAGGCCCGCCAGGCCUUAAAGCAAAGAACUCUGCCUAAACUCGCUCAUUGGACGUAUCGCUCAGAAGGGAAAACAUUCACCUCCAAGUGGACGGAGCUACGGUACCAAAGAGGACGAGCCAGAUACCUAAAAGGUGGGGCUAGAGCUCCGGGGAUGGGGCCGGCGUCGGAGGGGCGGGGCGCGGCCAGCCGGCGUCUAGGUAACUGGCGCCUGCGCAGAGGCCCCGAAGCGGCGCCGGUGGCCGGGACUCCUGGGAGGCUUCUGCACAGCCUCGCCGGCGGAGCUCGCUCUUGCGCCGCAUCAGUCCCUUCGGUCCAGCCCGACGCGCGGCUCGGCCAUGAACCGAUGCGCGGAAGCGGCGGCAGUGGCGGCCACGGUGCCAGGCGCGGGCGUCGGAAACGCCGGGCUGCGGCCGCCCAUGGUGCCCCGCCAGGCGUCCUUCUUCCCGCCGCCGGUGCCCAACCCUUUCGUGCAGCAGACGCGGAUGGGCGCUGCCAGGCGCAUCCAGAAUUACUUUCUUGGAAUCAUUCUGCUUCCAAUUCGUGCCUUACUGCUUGCAUUAAUUUUACUGCUGGCAUGGCCAUUUGCUGCAAUUUCAACAGUGUGCUGUCCUGAAAAGCCGAACCACCCAAUAACUGGUUGGAGGAGGAAAAUUACUCACCCAGUUUUGAAGUUUCUGGGUCAGGCCAUAUUCUUUUCAAUGGGAUUUAUAGUUACUGUGAAAGGAAAGAUCGCAAGUCCUGUGGAAGCACCAAUUUUUGUUGUUGCCCCUCAUUCAACAUUCUUUGAUGGAAUUGCCUGUGUCACUGCUGGGUUACCUUCUAUGGUAUCUCGAUAUGAGAACGUGCAGGUCCCUCUGAUUGGCAGAAUAUUACGAGCUGUGCAACCAGUGCUUGUGUCCCGUGUAGAUCCGGAUUCUCGAAAAAACACAAUAAAUGAGAUAAUAAGGCGAGCAACAUCAGGAGGGGAAUGGCCCCAGAUACUAGUUUUUCCAGAAGGUACUUGUACUAAUCGUUCCUGUUUGAUUACUUUUAAACCAGGUGCCUUCAUUCCAGGAGUUCCAGUGCAGCCAGUCCUCCUCAGAUACCCAAACAAGCUGGAUACUGUGACUUGGACUUGGCAAGGAUAUACAUUCAUUCAGCUUUGUGUGCUUACUUGCUGCCAGCCAUUCACAAAGGUGGAAGUUGAGUUUAUGCCUGUUCAAGUACCAAAUGAUGAAGAAAAAAGUGAUCCUGUCCUCUUUGCUGGUAGAGUCCGGAAUUUAAUGGCAGAAGCUCUGGGAAUUCCAGUAACAGAUCACACCUAUGAAGACUGUAGAUUGAUGAUUUCAGCAGGGCAGCUAACAUUACCUAUGGAAGCUGGCUUGGUGGAAUUUACCAAAAUUAGCCGGAAAUUGAAGUUAGAUUGGGACGGUAUCCGCAAGCAUUUGGAUGAAUACGCAGCAAUUGCAAGUUCUUCAAAAGGCGGAAGAAUCGGAAUCGAGGAAUUUGCAGAGUAUUUAAAGUUACCUGUUUCAGACGUCUUGAGACAACUUUUUGCACUCUUUGACAGGAACCACGAUGGCAGUAUUGACUUCCGCGAGUAUGUGAUUGGCCUCGCAGUCUUGUGCAACCCUGCCAACACAGAGGAGAUCAUCCAGGUGGCAUUUAAGCUCUUUGAUGUUGAUGAGGACGGCUGCAUAACAGAGGAGGAGUUUUCCACCAUUCUGCAGGCUUCCCUUGGAGUGCCUGACCUUGAUGUUUCUGGUCUUUUCAAGGAAAUAGCCCAGGGGGAUUCUGUUUCCUAUGAGGAAUUUAGAGGUUUUGCCCUAAAGCAUCCGGAAUAUGCUAAGUUAUUUACAACCUACUUGGACCUUCAGGCGUGCCAUGUGUUCUCACUACCGAGGGAAGUCCAGGCCACUCCCUCCGUCGCCAGUAAUAAAGUCAGCCCUGAAAAUGACGAGAGCACCUCAGACAAAAAAGAUGACUGACAUUUCCCAAUCAGGAAAAUGCAGGGACCUUUACCUGUAAUUGUAAAGGCAUUUAUUAAUAGUAUUUUUAAUGUAAUUGUUGGGCAAUAAUGAUGUUUAAUGGAAAGCUUCUUUAUAAAAGUGAUAGAUUUUCUUAUGAAAAUGCUUUUAUUUACAUUUGUGUAUCAAGUAACAUUCCUUUUCUUCUAUGUUAUGCUAUAUUGAUUGGGUUACUGGUGAUAAAUAUGUUUUUAUGGAUUUUCCCAUUUAAUUUGCAUAUCCAAAUGAAUGAGAUGGUCUCACAUACUGAUAAGCAUUGAUCAACACUGUGAAGAGUUUAAAAAGUAUCCAUACUUUUUAAUCUACUUCUCUCUAAAGAAAUAAAGUAAUAUUCUAUUGCCUUUCAUCCUUCCCAUUCUGGAAAUAGGAAUGAAGAGUCCAAGGAACAUUGCAGAAUCUUAUACCUUUAACUUCACAGAUUUAUUUUUUUCCACUUCCUCUUCAGUUUCUCGGCUCACUGAAUGGGUGGAUUGGAAGGGAGAGGUCCAAACUCAUACCCUCUUUAGUAUGCCUCUUGACUGCAGAUUUCCUUAACCACCUUCUAAGGAAAUCAUGUGAUUUUGCAGGACCUACAGAUUUAGAACAUUUUCUUAAAGACAAGGCCCAUGGCCAAAGGCUGUGGGAAUUGCCUUUAUUGUAAGUGACAUUGAUUACCUAAGGAGAAAAUGAACGGUUGCCAGAGUUUAGUUUGAGUUGAAUAGUUCAGAAUGCAGUACCUGCCUAAUAAAUGAUUCAGAUUUGCUCCAUUUAUAUAUUAGAAUUAAUAUAUUUUAUCAUCCAAGUGAGAAUUUCAUUUUAAUAAGUGUCCUCAUAUUUCAGAGCUUGUCUGAAAUAUCUAUAGGGAAAACUCAAAACGUUCCAAAGUAUCACGAAAAGCUAGGAAACCCAAAACCCUACUUAAGAGGAGACCACAGUUUAACCCCCAGACAGGAUCUAAGAGUGGUAUCUUUCCUUUAGGUUAAGCAGUAAUUUCCCUCAAAUGCCAUUGUUAUUGUAUGUCAUACAGAUGCAUAUUGUUAAUAUCACUUAAUGUUUGAAAUCUUGAACAAAGAGCCAAUUUAUUAAUGUAAUGUAUAAAAAGAGUUGGUUCGUUUCUGCAUUCAGUCUCUGAAAUCAAACUCUUUGUCUUGGCUAUGUUUCUGAUUGGUGAGUCAUCCCCAGACUAAUUUUUUAAAGCCAUUUUUGAAGUUGAGAAGUCCCAUAAGAGGCAUUGGAAUUUAUAUUUAAUUAAGAGUCAUGAUUUCAAACUAGUUUUACAUAUUAAGCAGUUAAUGUUCCAUUUAAUGACUAAAUAUGUGUUUAAAUAAUUGCUUACUAAAAAGUUUCAUUCUUGAGUACCUAUAAUUGUUUGCUUUUUUAUAUGUCUUAAAGCUAUUUAGACAAAGCAUUGAAUGAGAUGAAAACAAUUGCUUAAGUAAUUAGGAUAGUACAGAUUUACAAGUGUCUAUCAUAUGAAAUUGAAUGUAUGUAAUACCCAGGUGUCAUGAUUGUUCUUUAUCCUAGAAAAGCCAUGUUAAUCCUAUUAAUCAUGAAAAAUUAGCAUUGUAAAUUAAAAGCUUUUUGUGAGGCUCUUGAAAGUGAUCCCAUUUUUUUCCUGCUUGAAAAUAAUAUUUUAUGCUCUUUAAGUCAUCUUCUGCCAAUGUAAUAUUCCUAUUUUAUUAUGUUACUGAAUAGAAAAACUUGCUACAUAAAAUUCUAGGCAAUUAAAUAAUUCUGGUUUUGCAA